UAGGUCAUAUAAACCCGCCUCAUCUAAAAAAAACCAAAAUUUUGAGAUGUCUUCUACAUCCCGUAAUCCAGGCAAUUGGCAUUGGACAAAUAAAGAUUGUUUUCCAUGGACAAAAUCAUAUUUAUCAGAAAAACUUGUUAUAUCGGCAGAAAAAGAGGGAAUGGCAGUGUCUAUAAAUAAGCUAUCAAGCUGUACAGGAGAUGUGGAUGUUGCUAUGAGGAAGGGAAAGGUUAUUACUAUUUUUGAUUUGGAGAUUUCUCUUGAAUUUAAUGGAAGAAUUCCUGAUGGAUCUGAAGUUUCAGGGUCAAUAACGGUUCCGGAGGUUUCUCAUGAUAAUGAAGAUUAUGUAUUUAAUAUAGAAAUAUUUUCAGAAACAAAGGAAAAUCAAGUAAUAAAAGGUUUUAUUAGAUCACAUAUCGUUCCGGAGCUUAAAGAACGAUUAAGACAUUUAGGAGAAGCUCUUAUAAAUACACAUGGAAAAGAUGUUCUUUUAUCGGUUGAUAAAAGUGCGACAUCAGGUUCUUCUACGCCUGAUAUAUCUCAUGUUAAAUCGCAGAAUGGUAUUCAAACAUCUAAAUUAUCAGGAGAUGAAGAAACAGAGGAAAAAACGAAAGGAAAAUGUUCAAUUAUUAAUACAGGAGAAAUUUCGGAAAAUAUUGAUUUUCAGGCAUCUACUUCUCAAUUAUAUUCAGUUUUUAUGGAUCGUUCUUCUUUGGAAAUAUGGACACGAUCUAAUGUACAUAUUGAUCCUAAAGUUGGAGGCACAUUUUCUUUUUUUGGAGGAAAUGUUCAAGGUGAAUUUUUGGAACUAAUUGAAUCAAAACUUAUACUUCAAAAAUGGAGGCUUAAAACUUGGCCAGAAGAUCAUUAUGCUGAACUGAAAUUAUUGUUUGAUCAAAGUAUUGAUGGGACUUUAUUAAGAAUGAAAAUGAGCAAUAUACCAGUUGGUCAGGAAGACGUAGUUAAAUCCAAUUUCCAAGAGUAUUAUAUUAAACCUAUUAAAACUGUGUUUGGGUAUGUAAAUAACUGCAAAUAUACUACCAAUGAUAUUUCCUUCAUUUUGCAAUAUUUCUAAUUGAUUUUAGUUAUGGUUCGGUAUUAUAAAAAUUGUUUUUUUUUUUAAAAAGAAAUU